AGCAGGCGUCAAGAUGUCAAAUGGACUCAGUUUAGAAAUUGGGACAGAUGAGAGUAGUCGGAGUUCAAAUUAUUUGGUAUAGAAAUAAAUUUAGAGUUAAGUUAAAUAAUGGAUGCUGCUCGUGUUUAUGAAAGAUACCUGAGAGCGAAGAUUCGCGCGGAACAGUUAAAUUGCUUAGCUUUGGCGUCAGAUGAUUUGCUGAAAAAAUCUAAGGACCGGGACCGUUUACUUGGCGGACGCUUAACUGCAUUUAAUUCCUCGCCUAUGUCGUUCAUGCCAAUACCCGUACCCGUGUCUAGAGCGAAGCCCGAUAAUUGUGCAUGCAAUGCUCCACCACACCCCACCUGCCCAGAGAAGCUAAGCAAUGAGCAGGAGCCAGCGGCAGCGAAGGAGUUGGUAAAAGAGGAAAAGAGGAAAGACGACUCCGACAAGGAGAAAAACCAGCAGAAACCCAAGGCGAAAAACAAAUACAUAUGCAAGUGCAAGCUGCCAGUGAUAGUUGUGCCCUCAAAGCGAUCUAUUGAGAAAGGAUCUAGUUCCAAGACGCGUUUCAAGUGCUGUCUAUUCAGAGAGAAGGAGGUCCCCAAGAAGAUGCCACAGGAAUGCCCGAAAGCUCCCGAAGUUGCGCCAAAAGAGAUACCCAGCACAAAGUCCAAGGAAUCCGCAAAGAGCGUCAGGUAUCAAUCGAAGCAAACGGAAACAGAUAAGAUCAAAUGUGCCGAAUGCGAGAAGAUACCAGAAAUUACCCAGGAAUUAUGCGCGCUGAAGAAGAAAUUGGAAAAGCAGAUCGAAGAGGAAAUCGAUCAAAAGCAAAAAUUGAACACUAUGAACGAUCAGUUGAAACAGCUCUGCGAGUGUGUUAAGGGGCUGUCCGAUAAGUACAAAUAUUUUGAGACUGCCAAGGAGACACUGCGCAAGGAACCACCCAAGGAACCACCCAAGGAACCACCCAAGGACCCAUCCAAGGAGCCCAAGCCCAGCCCUGCUGACAACUGUCAGAAGAAGAAUACAACAACGAACAAAGGCGACAUUCCGCUUGAGCGCAAGGCCUCGAGCUUGUGUGAGUUCUGCAGGAACAAGGAUCUGCCCAUUAUCGACACGAUGCAGUUCUCACUGUUCAAGAUCAUGGGCAAGCGGUGCUUCGAGGAUAUUACUCUGACCAUUCUGCUGCGGGCGGACAAUAUUUACCAUGUGAACGUGCGGGACAUUGGAAGCGGCACUGUGCUCGGCUGCCUGCUGGUCACCGAUGCUGGCAUCAAGGAGGCCAACAGUCUGGGCCUAUUCCAGGAAAUACUCACGUUCUGCGUGAUUGAUGUGCGCAAUACUAUCAACACCAAUGGUUCUGUUCUUGGCGGCAUCAACUUUGAGUUCGUGCAUGAACAACGUCUGACCGGCGGCAAUGCAUUAGGCGGACAUGCUCAACGGCAAACGUUCGAAGAGGAGGUAAGGAGGAGUGAGCUGUACGAUUCGGAUUACUACCAAACGGAUGCCCAAGGCUCCAAUGACUUGGAUUACUGCCCAAUCGAGACUGAAGCGUCCGAGCUGCAAACGGAAGACGAUGAUGAAUUUCAGCCAGAAGUGCGUUUCGACUCCAAAUUUUCCAUCAACAAUGUCGCGAAGUCCGGCCGGUGCGUAACCAGGACAUUCUCAGUUGCCUCAUCGGCCUCAAGACGGAAGUCCAGACUGAAGAAACGGAAGCCCAGGGUAAGCGUGUCCGAUGUGAUACGCAAAAUCAACACCUACAGUAGCUCCAUGGUGCUAACGGACACGGAGACCAAGUAUCCCGUGCGCAACCUAUGCAUCACAUCCCAGCUGGACUAUUCCUCCCACUCUGAAUACGAUGACGACGAUUUACCCACAACUGCAAAGCAAACGAAAUUUUAA